AUGCACUUCCUUUUAUUGUUCGUUUUUAUUAUUGUUAUUGUUGUUGCUAUUUUUAUCUUUAUUUAUUGCAAAAGGUAAAAUAGGAGAAGGCAAAGGCUAUUUGAAGAUGAUAUAAUAUAUUUUCAGCUUACAGAACUUACAGAUGAAUGGGUGAGGAAAAAGGAUGAAGAGGAAAACGUGAGAAAGAAUAAGAAAGGAAAAGACUGUAACUUGAAGAAGAAAACAUGAAAAAAGAAUAAGAAAUCAUUAGAUAAGAGAAGGAAUAGAAAAGAUAACAUUUACAAUAAGAGGAGGAACAAAGGAAAAAAAUAAAAUAAUAAGAGGAAGACUCAAGAAAACAAAUAAAGCAAAGGAGAGAAUUAUUAAAUAACACAUUUUACCAAUAUUUUAAUAAGCGUAAUAAUAGGAAGAAAUUAGAAAAAACCAAUUUAGCAAUAAAUCUAAAUAUUGAACUAAGAAAUUAAUAAAUUACAUAAAAAUAAUAAUCUUACAAAUAAUCAAUAAUAAUACUAUAAAAAUUAGUAACAAUAAUAAUUAUUUAAAAAUUAAAAUAAUAAGGCGAAGCUAAAAUCAAUUCCUCAUGUAAGAUAGAAUAUUGAAAUUUCAAAUCCUGAAGUUUCACUUUUUGUUUUAAAAGAAUCAUUAUUAAGAGAAUAAAAUCGAGAAUUAUUAAGAACAAGUCAAGAAUAUUCAUUUGGAUUUGAUUCAAUAAUAGGAUCUUUUGGCUCUGAUUAAUAUUGUCUAAAAGUUAGAAAUACAAAUCUUGAUUAUGAUAAAAUUGUGAAUGGAAAUCAAUUAUUAUAACAACAUUUAUUAGAUUUUCAAUAAUAACUAUCAAAUUCACUUGAUAUUUCAAUUGAUUAAAUUGAAAUUUUAGGAGUAUCAAAGAGAAGCUUUGAAAUUAGCUUUAAUUUUUAAGGAAAUGAUAUGGAUUCUAUUUAUUAACAGAUUUUAAAGAAUAAAAAUGAAAGGCAAAGAAAUUCUUAAAUAAAUAUUAUAAUGGAAAAGUUGAAUAUGUAGAAUAUUUUGAUUAAGCAAGUAAAUCUGCAAAAGGAGUCACUCUUUCAUCUAAAGAUUUUAAUUCUUCUCACAAUAUGAGUUGGGAUAAUUUUCCUAAGAAUGAAAAGAGAGGACCACCAAAUUAUAGAUAUGAUUAUUAUUUUCCAAUAGGUUGCUAUGGAUUUUGGUUAAAUAUAAAAGAGGUUGUAAAAGAGAAAGGAGAUGAUUGA